AUGGGCACGGCGGCGGAGAAAUCCCUAAAUCUGAUUCGCCGGAGGCUCUGCGAUCCUUCUUUCGUCUUCAGACCUCUUUCCGCUUCGUCGGACAGCAACUACAGCAAGCUCAAGUUCAUUGUGUCGACAUCUAUCACGGAGGGCUGCAACAAUUCCAUCUUGCUUCUGGGCCCUCGCGGCUCUGGAAAAUCUGCUGUCUUGGAUCUCGUUGUUGCCGAUUUAUUGGAGGAGUAUCCCGAUUCAGUAUCACUUAUCAGAUUGAAUGGACUCUUGCAUAGUGAUGAUAAUUGUGCAUUUAAGGAAAUUGCCAGACAAUUGUGCAUGGAACACCACCUGCUAUUCUCCAAAAUGGCAUCAUCCGAUGAGAAUUCACAGUUCAUUAUUGCCAUGCUGCGGGAAUGUGGACUAGCACAUAAGACAAUCAUCUUUGUGCUUGAUGAAUUUGACAUGUUUGCACAGGGAAAGCAGCGGUUGCUGUACAGUUUGCUGGAUGCUAUGCAGUCUGUAACAUCACAAGCUAUUGUCGUCGGUAUUAGUUCUCGCCUGGACGCUGACCAACUUCUAGAGAAAAGGGUGAGAUCUCGCUUUUCACACAGAAAAAUAUUGUUUCUUCCUCCAUCAAGGGAAGAACUUGACAGUUUGUUGGAACACCUGCUGUCUCUACCAGCAGACUCAAGCUUCCCCAGUGGAUAUGUUUCUCAGUUCAAUGAAAAGAUUAAGAGUAUAACAUCAGACACGAGAUUUAAAGACAUACUGAGGACAUUUUUCAAUGCGAAUUAUACUGUCAACAGUUUGGUAAAGUUUAUAUUCCGCGCUGUUUCUUUAAUGAAUUUGGAAUCUGGCCUCCUCUCUCUUGAGAACUUCAAAGCAGCACUUGCAAAUAUGCAAAGGCAACCAAAGUUGGAAGCGAUUAGAGAUUGUUCCAUACUGGAGCUUUAUCUUCUAGUAUGCAUGAGGAGACUAGAGGUGAAGGAGCAAAUCUCAUACAACUUCAUCAGUGUGAUGAAAGAGUAUAAGACGAUACACGAUUCUUUCCAAACGUCGGACUACUACGCACAAAAUGUGUGCCUACGGGCAUUUGAGCACCUGAGAGAGCGAGAAGUUAUAUGCUAUGCAGAGAAUAGAGGUCAGUCUCAGACAGGUGAGUACCGUCCCAUGAAGCUUUUGAUAUCAGCCUCUGAGCUUCAUCAGGGAAUGAGAUCUCAUGCGUGUUGCCCCGCCAUUCUUGUCAAGUUAUUGGACCAUUGA